CAGGUUCUCAUUGUUACAUGUUAUUAUUGGUUUGUUUAAUUUCAAUUCACUUUUGUUAUUUAUGUUGCAGUGUCACUGCUUGUUUUAUUUAAUUGAAAUUUUGUUCUUUAUUUUUUAGCUUCUGUCCGGUUACUUUAAUAUUGCUUUGGUUAUUGAGUCUGUCCUUUUUAAUUACUUAUGUUCUUCAUGUUUAUCACAGUUGUCAAUUAUUUAAAUACUAUGUUUUUACUUACAACUAUGUAUAACUAAUUUAUUAAAACUGGGAUGUGAACUUAAAAGCUAAUUUGGAUUCGGUAAUUAAUUCGUAUACUCUAUUUUUAAACUAGUUUUCUGUUUCAGUUUUUAAUAAUUAAAUUAAAGAUUUUGCACGAGAGUGAAAAUUAACUAGGGUAUAAAUUAAUAGCGCGACAGUGUGAGAUUUAUAUCGGAUAGUAAAAACUGAACAUUAUUUUUAAACACCGCGACAGCUCUUUAAAGAUAAUUAAACUAUAUUAGUUUUCAAAAAGUAUUUUAUAAAUAGAUGUGAGAGCGAGAGUGAAGUAUUCAUUUAUAUAAUAUAGUAUCAGUUCAAUAGCGCGCCAGCGUGAGAUUAUAUUUUUAAACUAAUGUUGUUUUGAGAAAACUAGAUCUUUUUAAUUAAAUUAAAUUGAUUUUCAAAAAGUAUUUUUAUAAGUAAGUGCGAGAGCGAAAGUGAAACAUUUAUUUUAUAUCUAUACGAUAUUACUCAAUAGCGCGAGAGUGUGAGACGCGUAUCUUUUAAUCAAUUUCAGUUUAUUAAAAAGUAACAUUAUUUCAAAACGCAGUUUAAUUACCGAAUCCAUUGAAGCAACUUAAUUCACAUUCCGGUUAGUUUAAUAAUAUUUUAUUUAAUACAGUUUAAUUAAUUAUCUAAAACACCUUCUUUAAUUAAUAUCUAGCCUUAACCUUACGAUAUAUUAAAAACAUAAGCGAAAUAUUAUAAAUAGUCCCUGUGGGAUCGAUAAUCUUUUAUAACUACACGAUAUACCUGUGCACUUGCAGAGCUAUCGCAUCAAGUUUUUGGCGCCGUUGCCGGGGAGGAACCUCAUUCGAGUAUCGCGCCCCCUAACAUCGAAGCAAGGAACUUCGAAUUGAAACCCGCGCUGUUGCAAAUCGUGCAACAAAACCAAUUCUCUGGUUCGCCCACGGAGGAUCCGAACCUCCACCUCUCAGUGUUUGUGCAGUACGCAGACACGAUAAAAGCCAAUGGUGUCGAACCCGAAGCAAUACGACUCCGUCUUUUUCCGUUCUCUUUAAGAGACAGAGCUAGAGCUUGGCUUCAAGCUUUACCUACAAACUCCAUCACUACAUGGAAUGAAUUGAAGAAACAGUUCUUGGCCAGAUAUUUCCCGCCAAGUAAGACAGCUAUGUUAAGAGCCCAAAUCAACGGAUUUAGGCAAAAAGAAGGAGAAUCACUCUUCGAAGCUUGGGAAAGAUACAAGGAUAUGAUGAGACUCUGUCCACACCACGGUUUAGAACAAUGGCUUAUUAUCCAUACCUUCUACAAUGGGCUGCUAUAUAACACUAGACUUACCAUAGAUGCAGCCGCCGGCGGAGCACUGAUGGAUAAACCUUACCAAGAAGCCACCCAGCUUAUAGAAAACAUGGCCCAAAACCAUUAUCAAUGGGGAAGCGAACGCGCUGCCAUAGAAAAAUCCCAAACGAAAGGCGGUAUGUACGAAGUAAGCGGCAUAGACCAUGUCAAUGCCAAAAUAGAAGCCCUUUCCCAAAAGAUAGAGAGUUUAACUUUAUCUCCCACUGCUACCAUAGCCGCAGUACAACCGAACUGUGAAUUAUGUGGAGUUCCUGGACACAUAACCUCUGAAUGUCCAUUACUGGCCGGACUCGACCAGGCAAAUUAUGUGCAAGGAAACACGUACAACCCUGGGUGGAAAAAUCAUCCAAGCCUCUCCUAUAAGAAUAAUAAUGAUUUAUUUGUGCCUAACACUCCACCAGGCUUCCAAAACCAAAUAGGAGCCCCUGUUGCUCCGGUUGCCCCUCAAAAGUCAAACUUUGAACUUAUGAUGGAGAAUUUUGUCCUAGCUCAGACUCAACAAAAUAAGGAAUUCAUGAACCAAAAUAUUCACACUAAUGAGUUGAUUAAGCAGUUAGCUAACAAAAUCGAUUCCAUUUCCACUCAUAAUAAGAUGCUAGAAACUCAGAUUUCUCAAGUGGCUCAACAACAGGCAGCUACAGCUGCCCCAGCCGGAACACUACUCGGCCAACCGCAACCAAAUCCCAAGGGCCACGUUAACGCUAUAACGCUGCGAAGCGGAAGAGAGUUAGAAGAUCCCGUUGCUAAAAGAGUUAGAGCGAGAGACUUAGAAAAAAGUGUAGAGAAAGACUCGGAGAGUGUAACUGAGAAGGACACUGAGAGAGAACCAAUAGCAGUGGAGGAUGGACAAAAAUUGAAGGUUAAAGAGGUGAUUGAGAAUGAUCAAGAAAAACCAUAUGCACCCCCUCCUCCUUACAAGCCUCCUAUCCCAUAUCCUCAAAGACUUGCAAAAUCUAAGAAUCCGGGACAGUUUGAGAAGUUUAUCGAGAUGCUCAAAAAGCUUCAUAUUGACAUACCCUUCAUUGAGGCUAUAACCCAGAUACCUUCCUAUGCCAAAUUCUUAAAAGAAAUUCUUUCAAACAAGCGAAAGAUGGAAGACAUUGGGCAAGUGGAAUGCAAUGCAAUUAGUGAAAACAAGCUAGCCCCAAAACUCGAGGACCCAGGAAACUUUUCUAUUCCUUGCGUUGUUGGCAGACAUGUCAUAGAUAAAGCCCUUUGUGAUCUAGGAGCAAGUGUAAGUUUGAUGCCUCUAUCUAUCUGCAAGAGGCUCGGACUUGGAGAGUUAAAACCUACUAAGAUGUCCUUACAGUUGGCUGACAGGUCUAUCAAAUACCCAUUAGGAAUACUGGAAAAUGUUCCAGUAAGGAUCGGCCAACUGUUUAUCCCUACUGAUUUUGUGAUCAUGGACAUCAGGGAAGACAUUGAUAUUCCCAUUCUGUUAGGUAGACCUUUCUUAGCUACUGCGGGCGCUAUAAUAAAUGUAAAGAAAGGGAAGCUUACCUUUGAGGUUGGGGAUGAGAAAAUCGAGUUUAUACUGUCUCAAUUCACGAAAAGCCCCACCUUGAAGAACUCUUGUUGUAGACUCGAGAAAGUUGAAGGACAUAUCGAUAAACCCACCUAUGAACAAGUCCCUCCCGACAUACUAAAAUCCCACCCAGUAAAUGAUAUCUUCCAGAAUACGAAACACAAAAAGGGUGAGGAUUAUGAGAAUAUGCUAGACGGAUUUCGUGAUACUCAUGACCAAAUUUUUAAAGAAUGCCAAAUGCUAGCACAUGGGAAGAUUCACACAGUGGAGAAGAAACUCCCACCUCCUCUCACCAGAAAGAAAGCAAAAGGGAAAGCACCUAUUAGAUGGUUGGAUGUGUUCAAAUGGAUCUCUAAGAAUGUUGAGUACAGUGUUAAGGAUAUCAGUCUGAAAGAGGCGCCCUCUUGAUUUAAGGGUCGUGCAAAGUCGAGCUAACCGACUUUAAACAAAGCGCUGCGUGGGAGGCAACCCACGAGUUUUUAUUUUAAUGUUUUCAUUUGAAUUUGCAGAAAAUAAAGAGAUCGAUCGCUUAACACCCAUCAGUGCAUUAUAGGCGUAAAUCUCCAGGUUUUGCACUCCAAUUCUACUCUAGAGUUGCAACAGUGAGGACACUGUUGAAUUUAAGUUUAGGGGAGCAUUUCACUACUUUUAUUUAUUUUUCAGUCAUUUCAAUUUAUUUCCCUUUUCGCAUAAUAAAAAAAAAAAAAAUUAUAGUGUUUUCUUUGGUUUUUCUAAAUUUUUCCUUUUCUUGAGCCAAUUUAAAAUUUUUUCUAAAGAUUUAGGACAAUUAUUCACUUUGAAAGUAUAUAGGUUAAGAAAGGACGAGAGGCUAAGUUUAGAAAAUUAGGGAAUUUUACAACAAAAUCGGUAUUUUUCCAACACCCAGAAGUCUCCCUAGUAUAGAUAUCAAUUUGAAUAACCAUUGUGCCGAAAUCUCCUGAUUUAAAUUUGUGGAUUCCUUUAGUAGUUUAUUUACCAGUCGGACACCAUCUAUAAGUCACACAUUAAGUAGGUCAGUCGAUGAAUAUAAGCGAAUCAUUUAAGCAAAUAAAAGGUCAUACUGUGGUAAUACGGUUAAACCUUG